AUGUAUGCCGCGGACGCCAAAUCGGCAAGGUUGGAACCAACGGACACGCUACCGGCGCAUCCCGUCGUGUGCGUAGUGCACAGUUCAGCAACGGCCGAAGUGAGCUACCCGCACGACGGUCUCUGCGAUGCGAUCAUCUUGAACAAGGUUUUCUACCACAGUGGCCAGGUGUCCGUCUCGCAAGGAGAAAAUCACACGUACCAGGAGUUCCUCGCGGCAGCGGCGAAGUCAAAGCUCACGGCGUACAUGUUGGCCACAGACCGGUACUUCGCCGUCUACGAGACGAUCCCGGCUGCGCCCAGUCUCGAGGCCUUGCGCAAAAUGAACGUGCGCGGCUUCGGCUUCCUCGGCAUUCGCGUGCAGAGCGCACAGGGCGAACUACUGGAGCAGCACACCAGGCUCCUUCGAUCUCAGGUCGAGGACCUGACUGGCAUGCUCAAGGAGGUGGAAGUGGCCGACAGCGUCGUAUUCCUUGGAGUUACCACGGAGGAGCACAUGUUUAAGGAUUCCGUCGUCACAUCCGCAUUCAAGCUACUCAUCAGCACCGUUCAUUCGAAGCACUGUAGUGGCUCUGUGUUAGAAUACCUGACUGCCAUGCAGAACGCCGCAGUUCGUUUCCGGUACGAGGCGUGA